AUGGACGCCUGCCACACUCAAGAGGGACGCCCGUCGCUUCUCGGCGAGGAGCUAGGACAAUUAAAAAAAAGAGGGGCCGGCGCAGGGCGCGCGGCGACGUCACCGCGGCGACGUCACGCGACGCAAAGGGGUCGCGCCGCCCGCCCGCCCGCCGCGCGACCCAGCGUGAGGACUUUCACUCCAUUUUAUUUUACUGUGGAGCCAGCGGACACUCUGUCAGUCAGAGCUGCUUCUGUUAUACUGAAUUGCUCAGCUUACUGUGAGUCUUCUCCAAAAAUUGAAUGGAAAAAAGAUGGGACUUUCUUGAACUUGGUGUCAGACGAUAGACGCCAGCUGCUACCAGAUGGAUCUCUAUUAAUAAACAGUGUGGUGCAUAAUAAGCACAAUAAACCCGACGAGGGGCAUUAUCAAUGUGUUGCAACUGUGGAAAGCCUUGGGACCAUUGUAAGCAGAACAGCAAAGCUCACGAUAGCAGGUCUUCCAAGAUUCACCAGUCAGCCAGAAUCGGCAUCUGUCCACAGAGGAAACAGCAUUGUGCUGAACUGUGAAGUCAAUUCUGAUCUCACACCCUUUGUGAGGUGGGAGCUAGAUCAUGAGCCGCUUUUUCCAGACGACCGGGUAUUCCAGUUGCCGAGUGGAGCUCUGAUAAUUAGCAAUGCUACAGACGAGGAUGGGGGCACAUAUUGUUGCGUCAUCGAAAUUGGUGGCUCUCCCAAAUACAGCGAUGAAGCAGACGUCAAAGUUCUUCCAGAACCAGAAGUUCCCUCCAGUCUGGUGUUCCUGAGGCAGCCUUCCUCGCUGACCAAGGUUGUCGGGCAGAGUGCAGUUUUGCCAUGUGUUGCUGCUGGCGUUCCCAUUCCCGUGGUCAGAUGGACAAGAAAUGAAGGAGAGCUUGUCACAGAAGGCUCUCAAAAGUUUUCAUUGCUGGCGGGAGGGACUUUGAAGAUCUAUGAAGUCACAGAAGAUGAUGCUGGAGUAUAUACCUGCAUUGCAGAGAAUGGGAAUGAAACAAUUAAAGCUCAAGCAGAUCUUUCGGUACAGGCUCCUCCUGGGUUUCUGAAGAAACCUUCUCAUAUCUAUGCUCAUGAGUCCAUGGAUAUUAUAUUUGAAUGCGACGUGACAGGGAAGCCAACUCCAACAGUGAAGUGGGUCAAGAAUGGAGACGUGGUGAUCCCCAGUGACUACUUCAAGAUCGUUAAGGAGCAUAACCUGCAGGUUUUGGGCCUGGUGAAAUCGGAUGAAGGCUUUUAUCAGUGCAUUGCAGAAAAUGAUGUGGGGAACGUGCAGGCGGGAGCCCAGCUGAUAAUCCUUGAUCACGAUGUUGCCGUCCCAACAUUGCCUCCCACUUCACUGACCAGUGCCACUACUGACCAUCUAGCACCAGCAACAACCGGACCGUUGCCUUCCGCCCCUCGGGAUGUGGUGGCCUCCCUCGUGUCCACUCGGUUCAUCAAGCUGACCUGGAGGGCACCUGCGUCCGAUCCACACGGAGACAAUCUCACCUAUUCAGUAUUCUACACCAAGGAAGCUGUCAACAGGGAGCGCGUUGAAAACACAAGUUCUCCUGGGGAGAUGCAAGUGACGAUUCAAAACCUCAUGCCUGAGACAGUCUAUGUUUUCAGAGUGGUAGCUCAGAACAAACAUGGACCUGGAGAGAGUUCGGUACCACUGAAGGUGGCAACGCAACCCGAGGUUCAGCUUCCUGGCCCGGCACCUAACAUCCGGGCAUCUGCCAACUCGCCCACGUCAAUCACAAUCAGUUGGGCCACCCCCUUAUCUGGCAAUGGUGAAAUCCAGAACUACAAAUUAUACUACAUGGAGAAGGAGACGGACAAUGAACAGGACAUUGACGUCGGAGGCCUUUCCUACACGAUAAACGGUUUGAAGAAAUAUACAGAGUACAAUUUCCGAGUGGUGGCCUACAAUAAACACGGCCCGGGAGUUUCCACGCAAGAUGUCGGCGUUCGAACUCUGUCUGAUGUUCCCAGUGCUGCACCUCAGAAUCUGUCUCUGGAAGUACAGAACUCCAGGAGCAUCCUGAUGCAUUGGCAGCCCCCUCCUGUGGGGACACACAAUGGGCAAAUCACUGGCUAUAAGAUUCGCUACCGGAAAGUAACCCGCAAAAGCGAUGUGACCGAAAGCAUCAUCGGGACACAACUUUCCCAGCUAAUUGAAGGUCUCGAACGGGGCACGGAGUACAGCUUCCGGGUGGCUGCCUUAACGGUCAAUGGAACGGGACCGUCUACUGAUUGGGUGUCGGCAGAAACCUUUGAAAGUGACCUUGACGAAUCUCGUGUUCCAGACGUCCCGAGCUCCCUACACGUCCGUCCGCUUGUAACGAGCAUCGUUGUGAGCUGGACUCCGCCUGAAAACCAGAACAUUGUGGUCAGAGGCUAUGCGAUUGGGUACGGUGUAGGGAGCCCCCAUGCACAGACCAUCAAGGUGGAUUAUAAACAACGAUACUACACUAUUGAAAACUUGGAUCCCAGCUCCCAUUACGUCAUCACUCUGAAAGCGUAUAACAAUGUUGGGGAAGGAAUCCCACUCUAUGAAAGCGCGGUGACCAGGGCUUAUACAGACACUUCUGAAGUUGAUUUAUUUGUUGUUAAUGCUCCGUACACUCCAGUGCCAGAUCCCUCCCCCAUGAUGCCACCGGUGGGAGUUCAGGCUUCCAUACUGAGUCAUGACACCAUCCGAAUCACCUGGGCAGACAACUCUCUGCCAAAGAACCAGAAGGUCUCAGAUGCCCGUUACUACACAGUCCGGUGGAAAACCAACAUUCCUGCCAACACCAAGUACAAGACGGCGAAUACAACCACCUUAAGCUUCUUGGUGACCGGCUUAAAGCCCAACACCUUGUACGAGUUCUCCGUGAUGGUGACCAAAGGCCGGAGGUCGAGCACCUGGAGCAUGACAGCACACGGGACCACCUUUGAAUCAGUUCCCACUUCUCCUCCAAAGGACGUCACGGUGGUGAGCAAAGAAGGAAAACCACGAACCAUCAUAGUCAACUGGCAGCCUCCUUCUGAAGCCAACGGCAAAAUUACAGGGUACAUAAUUUACUACAGCACGGAUGUAAAUGCCGAAAUCCACGAUUGGGUCAUUGAGCCGGUAGUAGGAAACAGACUGACACACCAGAUUCAAGAGUUAACCCUUGACACUGCCUAUUAUUUCAAGAUCCAGGCCCGCAACUCCAAAGGCAUGGGCCCUAUGUCGGAGGCAGUACAGUUCAGAACACCCAAAGCUGAAUCUUCAGAUAAAAUGUCUAAUGAUCAAGCUCUGGGAUCUGCAGCAAAAGGAAACCGUCCUGUGGAUGUUGGGACAGACUAUAAAACACCCGUGGGUGGCAGCAACAGCCCUCACGGAAGCCCUUCCCCUCUGGAAACCAACUUGCUCCUGGCGAUAAUUGUUUCGGUGGGAGUGAUCACCAUUGUGGUGGUGGUGGUGGUGGCCGUCUUCUGCACUCGCCGCACCACUUCUCACCAGAAGAAGAAGCGAGCGGCUUGCAAGUCUGUGAACGGUUCUCAUAAAUACAAAGGGAAUUCCAAGGACGUCAAACCCCCUGACCUUUGGAUCCAUCAUGAGAGGCUGGAGCUGAAGCCCAUAGAUAAGUCUCCAGAUCCCAACCCAAUCAUGACGGACACCCCAAUCCCUCGUAAUUCCCAAGACAUCACACCAGUUGAUAACUCUAUGGACAGCAAUAUCCAUCAAAGACGGAAUUCUUACAGGGGGCAUGAGUCGGAAGACAGCAUGUCCACGCUUGCUGGAAGAAGGGGGAUGAGACCCAAAAUGAUGAUGCCGUUUGAUUCUCAGCCCCCUCAGCCUGUGAUUAGUGCUCAUCCCAUCCAUUCCCUUGAUAACCCCCACCAUCAUUUCCACUCCGGCAGCCUCGCUUCUCCAACCUGCAGCUAUCUCCAUCAUCAGGCAAACCCGUGGCCAGUCGGCCCCCCUGUGUCCCAUUCAGACAGGGCUAAUUCCACAGAAUCUGUUCGGAACACACCGAGCAUGGAUACCAUGCCAGCCUCUUCGUCUCAGACGUGCUGUGCUGACCACCAAGAGCCAGAAAGUGCCGCGGGACCUUACCUGCCCAGCACACAGGAGGAGGAGCCGGGGCAUAGCCUCCCGACCGCCCACGUGCGCCCCUCCCACCCUCUGAAGAGCUUUGCUGUGCCGGCGGUCCCGCCCGCGGGGGCAGCCUACGACCCUGCCUUGCCAAGCACACCUUUGUUAUCCCAGCAAGCUUCCAGCCAUCCGGUUCAUUCAGUGAAGACGGCGUCCAUUGGCACCCUCGGGAGAACUCGCCCCCCUAUGCCGGUCGUGGUCCCAAGUGCCCCUGAAGUGCAAGAAACCACAAGGAUGCUUGAAGACUCAGAAAGCAAUUAUGAACCGGACGAGCUGACCAAAGAGAUGGCCCACCUGGAAGGACUUAUGAAGGACCUUAAUGCCAUCACGACAGCGUGACACCCCCCCCCC